GUGAGGUUGCUUAUUUUGGUGUCUCGCGUUGAUAGUUUACAUUCAGGUCCGAGUCUGUGUUGGCUAUUGUGGCUUGAAGAGUUGCUGUUGUGCAGAUAACUAGUGUUUCCAUUAAGGACGAUGAGGGUGACGGUCACAACUCUUGCGGACGAAAUAUUUGUCCUCGACGUGAGCGAGGACUUGGAGCUGGAGAACUUCAAAGCGCUAUGUGAAAUGGAGUCGGGGUUUCCUUCGAGGGAAAUUCUAAUUGUAUACAGCGGUCGGCCACUGACAGAUGACAGAAAAUCGCUGAAAGAGCACGGCGUUGCUGAUGGGGAUGUUGUGAUACUUCAGCGUAUGCAGGGCUCGUCUACGAGUCUCAGCGCCGCAGCGGCAGGUCUGCACCUGCUCGACUUCAGCAGCAUCCAGGUGCCUCCAGAGGCUCUGGCUGCCACAGACAGCAAUUCAGAUGACACCAGCAUGGAUGACGUGGCGGGACCGGGCCCCACGUAUGCGGCCGAGGAGGACCCGCGCAUCAUCCGUGACAUGUUCCUUGCCAACCCGGACCAGCUGGCACUGCUGAAGCAGAACAACCCGCGGCUGGCCGAAGCACUGCUCUCCGGGAACCUGGACAGGUUUGCGGGCGUGCUUCGGGAGCAGGUGGAGAUACGUGCAGAGCGUGAGCGGCAGCGCAUCCGUAUGAUGAAUGCGCACCCCUUCGACUUGGAGGCACAGCGCCUCAUCGCUGAGGAGAUCCGCCGGAAGAACAUAGAGGCCAACCUGGAGGCAGCCAUCGAGUACAACCCAGAGAUCUUCGGCACCGUCACCAUGCUUUAUAUCAACUGCCGGGUCAACGGCUACCCUGUGAAAGCUUUCAUCGACUCAGGUGCACAGACAACGAUAAUGUCAGCGGCGUGCGCAGAGCGUUGCAACAUAAUGCGGCUGGUGGACACGCGCUGGGCUGGCGUCGCCAAGGGCGUAGGAGUGCAGCGGAUAAUCGGCCGCAUCCACAUGGUUCAGGUGCAGAUAGAAACAGACCAUCUGACAACUUCCUUCAGCGUGCUACAGGAACAGCCCAUGGACAUGCUCUUGGGCCUGGAUAUGCUGCGUGGGCACCAGUGCUGCAUUGACCUUCAGAAGAACGUGCUCCGCAUCGGUACGACGGGAACAGAGACGCCGUUCCUGCCCGAGUCUGAGCUGCCAGAGUGUGCUCGGCUCUCCGGGCCCGGGGAGAACAUGUCGGCAGAGUCGUUGGGGCGGUCCAUUUGUGAGGCGGAGGAUCGCGAGCUGGCGCGCGCCCUACAGGAUUCGGAGGCCUCCGCCAUGGCGCACCGUAGUUUCUCCACAGAAUCACAGGAUGCUGGUGCCCGGGCGCCAUCUCUGCCUAGGGACCCGUCACUGACUAUACUGCCGACCGACAAGUUCGGCGAGAAUGAGGUGCGCGACUUGGUCAGCCUCGGUUUCACCAGAGAACAGGUGAUUGCUGAGCUGCGCCGCUUUGACGGUGACAAGAACCGAGCGACGGCUUCUCUCAUCGCCAAGUCGACGAGAUUCGUGUGACUCUUGAGCAGCCGAGACAGACAGAGAGGGUCGACCGUGUCCCUCCGUGCAGAGGUUGCUGCCGCUUUCUGUGCUCCUCCCCCUCUGUUACCUCUUCAUCCCGCCCUCCCGUCCCUCUGCAAACUUCCGACUGCAGCGUAAACACCUCGGCACGGUGGAAAAGUUCGACCGUGGCACGCGUCUGAGUGGGUGGGGAUUUGCAGUUUUGUAUUUCCACUCAGUUACCAGUGACUGUGGGUCCUGUGUGGGGAUGGAGUGGUAACUGGCUUUAUUCCUAGUAGAGAAAGUGUGAUCUCUCAUCUCAGUCCACACGUGCACCCAGGUAAGAAGGAAACGGCUACUGCCCCUCACACAUAUACUUCAGUCUUGCGCAGUUCCACAUACUUCCUACAUUUUGUUAUACAUUAGCUGCCGUCCUUUGAAGUAAUCGUCAGUUGUAUCAUUAUUUUAUUUCUACAGAUGACCCUAGUAGAAUUUUGUAAGUGGUAUUGGUGGCAUGGCGUUGAUGGAUGUUAGGUCCGAUUGUUCCACAUGGCUCGUGUGAAAAAGAAGAGGUUUAAGUUUUAUAUGUAACAACCAAAAUACCAUAGUUGAUAUAGUUUUGUUUAGUUAUUUACUUGUUUCGUAGGUUGUAAUCUUGAUCUCUUGCUGUGACAUGGAGUGGGCCAGUUUUACAAUUAUAGUACUCCUACACAGUGAAGAAUAUGAAACAUACUGACUAUUUAGAGGAUUGCCUUAAGUGUUAUUUCUUCUUCUCCUCCUCCUUUCUCUUCUCCACUUCAUGUAUCAGGCAAACUGCCUGUUACAGUAUGCCAUCUCUUGCAUGGCCAUCCUAGAUGCUUUCUUCCAGUGCAUUUAUAAUUGAGAGCUUUACCUGGAGUCUUUCUCCACCAAUACUGUAUACAUAUUCCUUCCAUUUUCUCCAAUUUUCUUUUAUUUUUUCAUUUAGGUUAUAUAUUCCUAAAUCUUCUGUAUAUCCUUAUUCCUUUUGGACUCGUAUGUACUUCCUUGGUGUCUUAUCAUCAUCCAUCCUUCACUUCCAAAGUAAGGGUUGGUUGGCACUGCUGUGGUUUUAUAAAACUUCAGCUGAAUUUGUCUCCUGGCUUUACUCUGCAAUUCUUUUUUACAAUUGUUCCACAUGUAAAUGUAAAUUUAUUUUAUUUUUUGUUCACAUAUGCUUUUAUUCCUAUGUGAUGCCACAUGCUAGAUAUUAAAAAUAUUGAACUUCGUUAUUCUACACUACCUUUGAUCUUACAGGCUGUGUGCCCUGACACACCAAGACUUUUGCCCACCUAAAGACAGUUCAGAAAUUUAAUCUGAAGCAAUCUGCUACAAUUAUGGACUCCCAUCUGACAGUCGUCUUAAUUUUCUACAAUCAGUGGUAGGUCAUGUGCAUAUAGGAUUGCAUUCAGUUUAAUGUCAUCGUCUAAAAUUACUCCUUUUUUUAUUCAACAUUUUUCAUCAAUUGAUCACUUCAUCUAUGUAUACAGAUCUCUCUCCUGAGAUUCGUCAGGCAUAUUUUUGCGUUGUGUAGCUGGAGUCAGCCCAAACAAAUAGUGCUCAUCACAUCUUCCAUCUGACACCCAGUGUCUACUGAAAGCAUCAGUUUGUUUCCUGUUUCAAACAAAACCGUUUUUAAAGCUGAUUUUUACAUGCUCGUUUGGUAGAGCGGUCCCAGAUCAGUCUAGUGCAAUAUCUGUUUUAUCUGUAGAUAUUAACAGUGACAGUGAAACAUGAAGAAUAACCAGCUUUCUAGCAGUGGCAACACCACCUUGGCCAGUACUGACCGCUACCGCCAAGCGUGUGGCACUUCUGAGUUGCUGCUGGAUCGCUGUUUAUUCUUUGUGUUUUACCGUCCCUGUUAAUAUAUAUCGAUGAAAUGAAUAUCAGACUAGACUAAUUUGGGAGCACUGUAUUGGAUGCACGUGUAAAAUUAUGAUUUAAAAAUGAUUUUAUUUGUAGUAGGAAACAGACUGAAGCAGUCUGUUGAUACUUUGUAUCACAUGAAAGCCAUGGUGAGCAGUAAUUAUUUACUUAUAUGGAUAUGUUGUCUGUUCUUUCGGAUAUGUUGAAAGAGCAGACACCAUUGAUGACCUGCAGCUGUCUAGAACAAAAUUAGAAUUAUAUAUUAAUACCUUCAGCUGC